AUGGCUGCUUCCAAACAAGAAGACAAUAACAGAAGACUGCUAGAAGAAUUAAAUCGAACUCGGCAACUGAUGAUGAAAAACUCGGGGACUUCAAAUCGGCCUUUGGCACCGGAUCCAGUAGCACCACGUUGUGACUCGCGCACUAUUCAAUUAGUGAAUAGUUUAGAAGCACAAACGCCUAUUACAUUCAUUUUGUCGAAUUCACAGUACAACAAUGCAAUUUUACCAAUAUUUCCAAGAAUAGCACCUUCCUGA